GUGUUGCAAUGUAAAGCAGAUGCAUGAGGUUGGAUACUAGUGCUUGAUUUAAAAUGCAUUUUAUGAUCGGUUGCGUCUUACUUCUGGUUAUAACUUCGGCAAAAUGUUCAAAACGCGACAAACUUCAAAACCGGAUAAACAUAUUAGAGCAAAAGCUGUUUCACGAUUCGAAAGAAUUUCGAGAGGAUAUAUCUGCAUUGAUUUCAAUGGCAAACCAGUCGUCGCCGGUAUCGGCCGACCAUGGAAAAUGUAAAUGUGAAAUAGACCACAGUAAAACAGUGCCACCGUCACGAUAUCAUCUGAUAUCAAGUAAUUGUAAAGACAACUAUACCCAGCAAAGCAUGAAUUUAAUGAAAAAAGCACUUUCAGAAGAGAAGCAGCACACAAGGAAAUUGAUUUCCGAAGUUAAAACAGCAGCAAUGAAUAAUUUAAACAAAAUCGUCGAGGUGUACGAAGAUAUUAAGAAAGAAUUAAACGAAGUGAGGUUCAUGCAGGAAACUUGUGAUAAUCGUUUCAAUAAGAUUUUAGAGUCACAAAAUCUAAUUCAGGAUGACAUAAGAUCAAUACAUAACACACUUGAUACAGUUACAAAGGAUACAAAUAUAUCUAAAAAACUUGAAAAACGCGUUGGUAUACUAGAAACUGCAUCAAACACCUUAUGGCAUAUUCAUGAAAGUUCCCUUUACUUUGUUGGAAAAGAAGCCAAAAACUGGUCUGAGGCAGUUGAUGUCUGCAAGACAUUAGGCGCGUAUUUAGCACAAGUUGAUGACUCUUCUGAAAACGAAUUUUUAACUAACUUGGCGAAAACAACAUAUGAGGGUUCUGGUUACGGAGUUUGGCUCGGCGGAAGUGACUUAAGUAAAGAGGGAAUUUGGAUCUGGGAACAUAGCGAAACACAAAUUGCUUUUGAUAACUGGGCAACAGAAGAACCUAAUGGAAACAGGAUCGAAAACUGUUUGCAUAUGUACAGGCAUGUAAAUUGGAAAUGGAAUGAUCUUCGUUGUAAAAGAGAACUGGGGUACAUCUGUGAAAAGAAACUUAUUCUAGUAUGAAAUGAUAAUUGUUUAAUUUUAUUCAAACACGGCAAUAUAAAUGUCAUGUCACAUUAUUUGACGCCAUAUUGAUGCCAGGAAAGAGCACUAUCAUAUCUGAUCUACUGUUUUAUAAGAAAGACAGUUCAGAAUACAAAUUACAUAACAUAACUGUAUGUUUAAUUGUUACGGUGGACGUGAAACUUGAUGUCAUUGUUAACGUCACUUCGACUUGCUACGGUAGUAUGGACGCCAUACAUUUUUAUUUCAAUCACUUUUUUACAUAAAAUACAUAUUAGAAUAGAAAUAAUUUAUGGCACAGUCAUAAUUUAUAUGAUUAAACUAAUAAUUCACUGGAACUACGCCACCUUGAAAUUAUUGCACAGGUAUAUAACCUGUUUGUUGUAUUGUGUUUGACUAUACAUUUAUCAAAACAUUAUUAUCAUGUUAUAGACUACUUCAUUGUUCUACGUACUCUAACAAGCGCGUUAACGAUUUGACUUAUAUUUUGAGAGAGAAAAAUCAAACAACACCAGUUCAUAGGAAGAAAGGGUAUAUGACAAUUGAAAAGCAUGUAAAACGUGUAUAUAAAUUUACAAAACAAGUGUCAGUAAACUGAUAUAUACAUUGACUUCCGGGAAAGAACUGCAUAAAGGGCACACUUCCGGACAGUUAAAAGCCUUUAAAACUCGCCAUUUUCAAAGAACUGUUACAUAUAUUUGUUUUGAUACUUGUAUGACGUUUGUAUUAACUAUUAUCGACAUGACAGUAUUCGCUGCCUGCAAUGCAUUACAAAGUAUGGUUUUAUACUAAUAAAACGUAAGAGUUUGUUACAAUCAAAGCCGAAUCGGAAAAGACCGAGUGAAUGAAGUAUUGCCAUGUUAUUAUGCAAAGUCCGCUACUGGAAGGCACCGCAGCAUAACAUAAUGAUCUGAUAUCUGUCAAUAAACAUUAAUGUACUAUAUACAUGUAUACAAUAUGUUAUAGCACAACACUUGGAUUAAAAUUUGCAUAUACAAAAAUC